AUUUAUUUACAGGAACAUUUGCAGGCCUCAGUCAUAAGCCAGACUUCUCGUGUGUUACAUGCUGUUUAAAAAGUGUAAUAGGAAGUAAUUCUUCGCACCACUGCCCUUGGAGCGUCUUCUGUUUCUUUGCUUUUUUGGCUCUGUGUGAAGCAGGCAGAUCGCUUACCUUGAAAUUGUUCCGAAUAGACCAGAUUGGACUAAUAUCAGUCUUUCUCCACCUCUCUAGAUAUCAAAAUGACUUCCAUGCUGACCCACGCCAUCAGAAACCUCCCUGCUUCCUCAGCAUGGGCUGCCAGGGUCUUUGCUCGAUCGCUCAGCUGCUCUUCACAGUUACAAGCCACAGCAGUCCAGCCUAAGAGUAAGAAGACCUUAGCCAAAAGUGGCGUGAAGAAUAUCGUUGUGGUAGAGGGUGUCCGUAUUCCGUUUUUGCAGUCUGGCACCUCGUAUGCGGAUCUUAUGCCACAUGACUUAGCAAGAGCAGCGUUGCAGGGGUUGCUGAACCGGACCAGUGUCCCAAGGGAUGUUGUUGAUUACAUUGUUUAUGGCACAGUUAUCCAGGAGGUGAAAACGAGUAAUGUCGCCAGAGAGGCUGCCUUGGGAGCGGGUUUCUCUGACAAAACUCCAGCCCAUACAGUCACCAUGGCUUGCAUUUCUUCAAACCAGGCUAUGACCACAGGCGUGGGUAUGAUUGCGGCUGGACAGUGCGACGUCAUCGUAGCAGGGGGUGUGGAGUUAAUGUCAGACGUUCCCAUUCGUCACAGUAGGAAGAUGAGGAAGACUAUGCUCACUCUUAACCGAGCCAAGACCUUGGGUCAAAAGCUCUCCCUGAUUUCCAAAAUUCGCCCUGACUACUUUGCUCCUGAGCUCCCAGCCGUGGCAGAGUUCUCCACCAGCGAGACUAUGGGGCACUCUGCCGAUCGUUUGGCUGCUGCUUUUGCCGUUUCCCGCUUGGAGCAAGAUGAGUAUGCCCUCCGUUCACACACGCUAGCUAAGAAAGCCCAGGAUGGAGGCUUGCUACUCGAUGUGGUACCCUUCAAAGUGCCAGGCAAAGAUACAGUUACCAAAGAUAAUGGGAUCCGUCCUUCCUCAAUGGAGCAGAUGGGGAAGCUGAAGCCAGCUUUUGUCAAGCCGUACGGAACUGUCACAGCUGCCAACUCCUCCUUCCUGACAGACGGCGCUUCGGCAAUUCUGCUCAUGUCUGAGGAGAAGGCUCUGGCGAUGGGAUACAAACCGAAGGCCUACCUAAGGGACUUUGUGUAUGUGUCCCAGGAUCCAAAGGACCAGCUGCUACUGGGUCCAACAUACGCUACUCCCAAAGUGCUGGAGAAGGCUGGUCUAACCAUGGCUGAUAUCGAUGUGUUUGAAUUCCACGAAGCUUUUGCUGGGCAGAUACUGGCUAACCUGAAAGCUAUGGAUUCAGACUGGUUUGCACAAAACUACAUGGGCAGAAAGUCAAAGGUCGGAGCCCCUCCUCUGGAGAAGUUCAAUAACUGGGGUGGCUCCCUCUCGCUGGGACACCCUUUUGGUGCCACUGGCUGCCGUCUAGUCAUUACCGCUGCCCACAGAUUGAAGAAGGAGGGGGGACAGUACGGCCUGGUUGCCGCCUGUGCUGCGGGAGGGCAGGGGCACGCGAUGAUAGUGGAGCUUUACCCUCAGUAACGGGACAAGGGACUGCUGAGCGGGUAUUUGUAUGUCCUGUGCCUGGCAAUGCCAUUUCAAUGCACUAAUAAAAACAUACAUGCAGUCCUUCUCGGAAAGGAUUUUUGGUGGCCUUUGUAAAUACCUUUUAGCUACUCGGCUGGUAAUUUUCAACUAAUGAAUGUGCUCUAAGAAAUACUCCACUUUCAGGAGAAUAAAAGUUAAUGUGGCUCUUAGUCUCUGCAGGGUCCUUGUAACCUUUCUGAUUUCUACUGUAACUCUUCAGUAAGCAAGAGAAGAAUGAUUCCAAGGCUGUGUACAGAGAAUUAAGUUUGGAGACAGGGAGAACAUAAAGUACUGGUGGUCGGUGGGCUGAGAUGUGAGUUAAUGUGUCCUUGUAGGGCAUAACAAGUGUUUUCAGGAAUGGGUUCAAACGGAGUGGGCUGACCUGGUUCGUAAGGAGGAAGUUUGCUACACGAUGUCCAAACAGCACUGGAAUUAGCAAAUUGCUUCUGACAAAUGAGGGUCACUGAUGUUAGACACAAUAAAUCAGGAAAAAAUCCCAA